AUUGGCAAACGUUGCGCGUAGAUGCAGCGCGGAAAAUCAAUAGCGCCUCAUUAGCAAUAAUUUUGAUACAAAUAAUUUUAUAUAAAUGAAGUGGGAAAACUAUUGCGACUAUGUGGCGGGUUGCAUUGGUGGCGCUUGCGGCGUGCUGGUGGCACAUCCACUAGACACCAUCAAGACAUGGCAACAGGCGUCCAACACAUCCGUGCUCUCGGCCGUGCAGGAAAUAUACAAACGCAACAAAGGGAUCAACGGUUUCUACAGGGGCAUGCUCUUCCCGCUCAUGUCCACCGGCGCCAUCAACUCCCUGCUCUUUGGCAUCUAUGGGAAUCACUUGCGCCAACUGCGCCGAGUUUGUCACAGCGAUUAUCAGCGUGAGCAGUUGGAGUAUCACAACAUGUUCUGGGCUGGUUCAGUGGCGGGAUUUGUUCAGUCGUUUAUUGCCUGCCCCAUGGAACUGAUAAAAGUGCGACUACAAACACACAGUUACUAUAAUGACUAUCUAUAUGGUCAGCGGCGCACUGUCUACGGCACAUUUAGACGGAUUGUUAAGAACGAUGGCAUCACAGGCUUAUAUCGCGGCUUGCUGCCCAUGAUGUGUCGCGAUGUGCUGCCUUAUGGCAUCUAUAUGCUCGUCUAUCGCCAGGCUACAGAUUAUUUGGACAACACAGACUUUGUGCGCAAGCGUCGCACUCGACCAGAUGGCUCCAAUAUUAAUAUAAUUGUUACCACCUUGGCCGGCGCUUGGGCUGGUAUUCUAUCCUGGGUCUGUGUCAUUCCGUUUGAUGUGGUCAAAACCAUUAUGCAAGCCGAUGAGAAUCACAAAUUUCGUGGCAUAACCGACUGUGUGGUGAGCAACUAUAGAGCCUACGGCUGGCGCAGCAUAUUCCGCGGCAGUUGGAUGCUGGUGGCGCGUGCUAUUCCCUUUAAUGCAGCAACCUUCGUAGGGUAUGAGUAUUCUUUGGACUUGUGUCAUAAAUAUUGAUUGCAGCAAUAAAUCUUAAAGAACAAAAACUAUAUCAACUUUAAAGUUCAAAAGCUGUUGAGUGAUGCUGUGAAGUCAAGUUUAAGACCAAAACCAAAUAGACCUUUCUACAAAUAA